CAAUGAACCCAAGCAACCAGCAGGCCUCCACGGCGGUGCGUCUUCGGGCCGCCAUGAAUCCCAUGCUGCUAGCGUUGGCAUGCUCUGGUUCCAGGAAAGGUCUGGAAGAAGCCUGUCUUAGGGAGCCGUCGCUCAUCGAGGGGGUCACCGUUGAGGAGGACACCGCACUCCAUGUGGGGGCCUCCUACGGUGACAGUGCUAACUUCUUGAAGUGCGCCGACUUCAUUUUCGGCAAUGCCAAGGACCUCCUAUUUGUGCGGAACAACAAUAGAGACACACCACUACAUUGCGCGGUACGGGCCGGGAACCCCCAUAUGAUCUAUCGUCUCAUAGGUUUUGCCAAAAGUGUUGGCAGAACCAAGGAAUUGCUUGAAAUGGAAAACAAACUUGGUGAGACGGCUCUACACGAGGCUGUCCGCAUCCAGAACAAUGGCAUAGUCAAGCAACUAAUGGAGGAGGACCCGGAAUUGGCCAACAUCCCCAGAGAUGGUGCGUCGCCUCUAUACCUUGCAGUCUUGUUUGAAGAUAAGACAAUUGCAGAGACGCUCUAUGCAAAGAGCACCACCGGGAUGCUGUCCUACUCCGGUCCAAAUGGUCAAAAUGCACUUCAUGCUGCCGUUCUCCGAGGAGAAGUGAUGACAGAACUGUUGUUGAACUGGAAGAAAGACCUAACGACGCAAGCAGACCAAAAUGGGAGCACACCUCUCCACAUUGCUGCAUCACUUAUUGCGGUUGGCGGUGGAUUUUACUGUACCUUCAGCCGUACAUUUCCAUGGGUUUUCAUUAAGUGGCGUUCAGGUGUCCCUAUAAAACCCUUGGUGCGUGCUGACCCAUAUCAGUUGUAUCAACCAGACAAUGAAGGGUUAUUUCCUAUACACAUUGCUGCCGCAUCAGGUUUGUAUUCAACCGUCAUGACUAUGAUUACCGAGUAUCCUGAAAUUGCUGGUCUGCGUGAUUCAAAAGGAAAAACAUUCAUUCAUGUUGCCACUGAAUGGAAAAGAGGUUAUUUUGUUGAAAAUGCUUGCCGUACUCCGUCACUGGCAUGGAUUUUGAAUAUGCGAGACAACGAUGGAAACACGGCGCUACAUUUAGCAAUACAACUUGGUGUUUCAUACAUCUGUUGUUUUCUAAUGAUGAACAAGAAAGUACGCUUGGAUUUGACAAAUAACAAUGGGGAAAGUCCUCUAGACAUAACAUGCAGUCAGAUACCUACUGAAUAUUCCUAUAUGUGGAAUUCUGGAACUUUUAUAAGUGCUACUUUAAAACACUGCCAAGCUAGGUAUGGUUAUCAUCUUCGAUAUGACAAACUCAAAGUGCAGUACUUACGUAAAACGAAACAAGAGGAAGUGAAUGAAUCGGACAAACUAACAAAUUCAACACAAACUCUGAUUAUUGGUCCCGUGCUAAUUGCAACAGUCACAUUUGGUGCAUCUAUCACUAUGCCUGGAGGUUACAACAAUGGUGGCAUGCCAGAGCUUGCUGGCAGGUAUAUAUUUGACGCAUUCAUGAUGGCCAACACAAUUGCAUUCCUUUUAUCCGCUGCGGCAACCAUCGAUCUCAUGUACGCUGGAACAGCUAUGGUUGAUUUGCGCAUUCGUGGUCGGCGCUUCAACAUAGCAGCAUAUUGUACCUUCUGUUCGGUCACAAGUUUGUGUGCGGCUUUUGCGUUAGGCCAAUAUUUAAUUUUGGCUCAUGUUGCACAUAUGAGGGCAAUUGCAAUAUGUGCAUUGGUGUUCCUGAUGUCUUGGUUUGGAUAUAUGGAACCUCUAAGAGGCAAUGGGUUUGCAAGAGCGCUACGUGUUCGACAAGGUCGCAGUAAAGCAUUUUUCACCUGCACGCGUAUUAUGUUCUGGCACACACUGGUGGUAUAUUGGCCCUUGGUAAUAAUCUUUGGUUCAGCGGCCAUUUCAUCAAAAUAUGGACACAAACAAAUGGCUUGAUCGGAUCACAAAAGCAG